GCGAGGUUGACCUUUCAAUAGUAGGAGAAUCAGUUUAGGAAUUCCAGGCGGUGCUGGUUCAUGGCAGUCAGCGGAGGAAAAUUGACUUCGAAACGUUAUAAGGAGUUAUAAACGGCUGGUAGAUUCCGAAGCCUCCUGGGCAGGGAAUAAUCAGGAGCCACGUCGAUGAACGGAAAUGGAAGCAGGUGCUAAUCCCUUCGCCUGGAAGGAUGACGAAACUCCAUCAGCCUGCAUAUGACGUAGACGAAAGCCGGCCUCCUGUCGACUCAUCCUUCCCCGUGCGGCCUGUCACAUCUUGCAACUGUUACCACCAGACUGUCAUCAAAAUUUAAUAUCGCAGUACGGCUCCAAGAUCGGCAAGAGUAAGGAAAACGACUGCCGUCUCUGAGAAGCAUGCGAGCUGGCAAACUUAUUCGUUAUGAAACGUUGAUUUAGUUACGCCAGCCAUUGACGCCAGUGUACUGCAACACGUGCAAAUGAAAUCGCCGUUCCCGGUGUAAAUAGCUGUGAGUUAAAUGGGACUGAGUUUUCCUCUCUGUUACCGGCAAGAUGGUUUCGGGAAGGGUCAGUUCAGCUUGUUCGCGGUUUUGGACCUCGACCAAAUCCCUGAUCCAGGACUGCAUGCCACGGCGAGUCCUGGACGACGUUGAGCCCAUAAUCGCCGAAGAAGAGCGGCAGGCCGUGGCGGGGCGGCUCAAAUCCCGCCUGCGCCUGGCCCGCCUCAGCGGCGCCGUGUGCGGCAUCGAGUUCUGCUACGCCGCCGAGACGGCCUUUGUCAGCCCGGUGCUGCUCCGCAUCGGCAUCCCGCCCCGUUUCAUGACGCUGAUCUGGUGCCUCAGCCCGCUCUUGGGCCUGUUUCUGAUGCCGCUGCUGGGAUCCGCCAGUGACCGCUGUAAGUCCAGCUUGGGCCGGCGCCGACCCUUUAUCAUUUUGCUUUCCAUCGGCGUAGUCUUUGGACUCCUUCUUGUACCUUAUGGCUGGCCCACGGGACGGGUGUGUGAUGUUUCAGCCUACCGGCAAAUGGAUAAAAAAAAUGUGGAUGCAAUCCAGUGGAGUAAUGCAACAAGCGAAGCUGCCAUCAGGACAACUGAACUGCCUAUUCGUGAUGCUCUCAUAAAAGAACUUGAAGAAAUCCUUUCAUCUCAGUUAGAGUAUAAGAAUUCAUCUCAGAGUGCAGCUACGGAAGGCAUGUCGGUUGGGGACGUUUUUAACACAAGCCCUACACACCUGUCGUCAGUCGUAACUUCUGUUCCCGCUCUGCCAAAGGCGAUAAGGUUCUGCGGAAUGGCGCUGACCAUACUCGGUGUCAUGAUGCUCGAUUUCAACUGCGACGCCGCUCAGUCGCCGGCCCGGGCCUACCUAAUCGACGUGACCGAUCCCGCUGACCAUGCCAAAGGCCUGGCCACGUUCAGCUUCAUGGCUGGGUUGGGAGGUGCCAUUGGUUACGCCAUCGGGGGAAUCCCCUGGGGUCCGGCUACCGAUGACGACCCGGUCAGUCUCCAGGUACGGGUCGUCUUCAGCAUCGUCCUUUUCAUCUUCGUGCUGGCCGUGCUUCUGACCGUCACGGCUGAGCGAGAACAGACACUGUACGAGUUGUUCCCUCAGGAGAAGAGGCGCAAGGCCCGAGAGACGAAACGCGCCCUAGAUGGAGGCUACGAGAAGGUGAACAACGCCAGACCAACAGAAGUUGCCGAAAAGAUGGAGAUGGGAACCAUGAAGCAAAAGGUGAAAACGUACGGUUCCAAUGCUCCAAAUCCGGAAAUUGUCACCACUUUCGUCGAAAACAAGGACGCCGACGCGAACGAGGAGCUCGCCUCGGGCCACAGUCUGGCCAACGGCAGCGUUAAAGUAGGCAAGCAGGCGGUCCUCGGCGAGGCUGGAGACAAGAACAAACACUUCAACAAGGAAGAGGGGGAUGCGGAGUCAGACUGGAGUUCGACGGGAGGCGACUGGGACGAGGAGCCCCCGACCAUCACCAUAGGCACCUACCUCCUGUCCAUCGUCUUCAUGCCGUGGUCGCUGCGCAUCCUCUGCUUGACGCACCUCCUUGGCUGGAUGUCACUGCUCUGCUACUCGCUGUACUUCACGGAUUUCGUCGGCCAGGCCGUGUACGGGGGCGACCCAACAGCUGCCCCUGCCUCCGUGGAGAGACUCAGAUACGCUGACGGAGUGAGGAUGGGUUCCUUUGCCAUGGCUAUGUACUCCAUCACUUGCUCCAUAUGUUCAUACAACGUGGAUAGACUCAUCAAUAAGAUAGGAGCCAGACCGGUGUACAUUUGCAACCACCUCAUCUACUCCAUCAGUAUGGUCAUCCUGGCCAACGUGAGGACGGUGUGGGCCGCUUUCCUGUUCUCAGCGUGUGCCGGUAUUCAGUACUCAACCCUCUUCACGCUACCGUUUGUCAUUGUUGCUCACUACCACUCAAGCAACGUGUUUGAAACCCCAUCCAGCUGCUGUGAGUCGGGUACUCGGGCUAACCAGGCCAGCGGGCAUACGGUUCGAGGUCUGGGCACCGACAUUGCCCUGGUUCAAGGCAUGGUGUUCGUAGCCCAACUCGCUCUGUCGUCCUGCAUGGGAAGCAUCGUCCAGGCGUUUGACAGCACCGUGGUAGUGGUGGUGGCGGCGGCAAUUUUAAGUUUCCUCGGGGCAAUAUUCGCUUCUCAAGUAACUUACGCUGGUCUAUAGUCUAUGGCCUACUGUACAGUUAUAGUAUAAUGUAUCAAUGCGCUGUCUGGUAAUUAAUCCCGUAGAUUUGAAUACAGAACUGCACAUAGGAUGUCAACAUUUGACAUUGUAUGGUCUAUGACAGGAAUUCCACUGUUUCUACUAUGACUCAUUUAUUCAGAUCUGGAAUUAUCCCUGUCCAUAGGAUUACCCAACAUACUAUCACCACUCAUCAAAAAUAAUAAAAAAAAGAAGUUGAAGUUUAACCUCAUAAGAACUUUUUCUUCUUCAAUCAAUCCUAGGGACUUUCAUACUUCAGUUUCAUUUUUUAUGGCGUAAAAAUCAGGAUCUCGUUCCAAAAUACAGCCGUACUAAACAAACCCGCCCAAUUCUUUUUCCGAUGCCGUCAUUUCUAUAUCAAUGUGUGUUUAUGAUGACGGAUUGACUAAAUAUAUCGCCUUCAGGGCCUAAGAUAUCUAAUAGAAUGAAGGCCUAUAUUUUUGCUUAUAGGAUUACAGUUAUAUUCUACAGGGUGUUUCUAAUAGUUUCUUGUACAGGGUGCUUCAAGUAGGGUAAUACUAUUAUUUAAAGACUAUUGGGGCCAAACUAUACAUUUACCGAAAAACAACGGUAUUAUAAAAAAACUAGAAGUAAAUACUUUGUAAAGUGAUUAAAUCAUUUUGGGAAAAACUCUCUUUCACAUUAAAGUGAGUGUAAACUUUAAGAUAGGUCCACACAUUCUCAUGGAAAGCAUUAUUUCAGCUCAACGGGUGCAAUUUAUUAUAAAUCAAAUGGAAUUAUCAAAAAACUCCUUUUCCAGUGCAUUUUACUGAAGAUUACCCUUUGACCUUUAUGCUUAUGAGAAAUAUCCACUUCUACGGUAAAUCAGCCGGAUUUUACAUGUAUCAUUGUAUGCGUGAUGUAUUGUGAACUGGUUAUUGUUGGUGUUGGCUGUUUAAAAAAAUCGUCAAGUUGGAAAGGAGGUUACGAUGUCCCAAGUGAGAUUUGAUGUAACUUUGGUCUGUUCAGGUUGGGCCCAACGACAAAACACCAAGGCAUUUUCAGCAUGGCCAACUUUGGUUUACACUUCAGGAAAUCAGACAUAGCACCAUGAAUUUUUACAUUCUGUACUACUUUAUGAAAAGUGGAAAGCUACUUUGUCUGAAAUGACUGCCUAAAAUUACGCCAAUUCCGUAAAGCCCCGUUGAUUUCCCCAUCCUGCCAGGCAUUGAACUUUGUUCUUAGAUUGAACGGAAAUAAGAUACACUGUAACCUGCAAACUUUGUAGACAGACAAAGGUAUGUGUAACCAGCAAUAAAUAAACAAUAUUUGGUGUGUGUGAAAUAAAAAGUAAACAUGAUAAUCUACAUAAUGGUGAUC